AUGGAACACUUCCAACGGCUCUCCUGGUGGUUUCCUCUACCCCCCUCCCCCCUCCCUAGCAGCACCACCAGCUCUCAGAGCACAAGAUUCCACGCACUGCUCACGAGCUGCUCGCGCACUUUUCACGCACUUUUCACGCACUUUCACCACCGGCUCGGAGUGGAGCCCCCCUCCCCUCUCCCAAAAAAACGCUGGAAUACGCUCCCUAUUUUAUUUUUCCUUUAUUUUUUCUUUUUUUUUUUUUUUCUUUUUUUUUUUUUUAUUUUUUUCUCCAUAAACUCGAAAUUCUCGUUAAUUUUACACAAAGGUGUCAACAGAAAGUCGUGCCGAACCCCCAAUUUCUUUGUACGUAAGUGCGACAAAAAAAAAAAAAACUCCAAUUUUGUCAAAAACAGGGUGCCUUGA